AUGAACGAUCAUACGUUUCGACUGGUCCAUGGGCGACAGCAGCUGCAGUCUCUUGGCUGCUCCAAGGAUUUGCUGACUAAGCCAAUAUUUGCAGGAGCUUCAGUUUUGCUAAUUGAUGAAGCUAAAGCCAAGUUGGAUGACUACGUGAAGCCACUUCGCCAAAAGAUAGAGACUCAACUCAUUCUUGUGCUGGUGGCUACGCGUCAACGUUUGCAUGAACUGCGAGCGCAGUUCGAAAAGGAGCCUGGCAGCCGGCAGGACAUCUUUGAAUUCGAGCACGAUGAAACUCAGCUGCUGUUCAGGCGAAAUGGCUUGUGGCUUGCGACCACAGCGCAGCUUGUUGAACUGCAGCUGCCCAAAGAUGUUCACUUCAGCACAAUAGUAUUUGAUGAGCUGGAAAAGCUGCAGGCUUAUGGCGGCAGUUGCUUUCAGACGCUCAAGCUGGAAUUAUUGCAGAUGUACAGCAGGCCACAGCUAGUGGUGACCUCUCGCUUGUGGUUGGCUGCGCAAAUGAAAGAACUUUUACAGCAUGCUCAGCAGCCGUUGGUUUUAAUCAAGGAGCCACUAGAGGCAGCUGUCUAUGGAGGAUUGCAACUGAAAGUGGAGCUGGGCGAAACUUUAACAGAGCAGCUGCAGCAGCUAAUGGAUUACUUGGUGUUGCAAUCUCCUAAAAGGCAGCGUACCUUGAUCUAUUGCUCAGGUGACAGUGAUUUCCAGCUGCUACAGCAGCGAUUGCCUAAGGAUAAUUACUUGUUGCAUCGCGCUCGACAGGAUAUGGGCCGCCUGGAGCUCUGGCAGCAGCAGCUAACGGGCAAAGUUUUGUUGCUGCGCAACCAUUCGCCCGAGCUGCUUGUGGACAACGUUCAGUCUCUCAUACACUUCAACAUGCCCGCGACUUGGAGUCAGUUUAGAAAAUCGUUUGCAGUGCUCAAAAAUCAAAUACCCAAUAUGCUGCUGGAUACCAUGGAGCAGCAGCAGGAGCAGAAGUUACAUUCGCUCAUACUGCUCAACAAACAAAGUCAACGCAUGUUGCCACAGUUGAUAGAAUUCAUGCAACAGCAUGGCCAGCCCAUCAACGAGCUGCUAAGCACGGCACAUGCGCAGCUGCAGGCGACACGCGAGGCAACCUUAGUGUCGCGUCAGUGCGUGAUUUGUCCGAUGUUAUUGUUAAAUGGACGUUGCCUUAAGCCUACCUGCCAAUAUCGUCAUACGCUGUCAGUUAGAGAUGCGAACUGUGCGACUGUACCAACAGCUGGAUAUAUGCGUUUUCAGCUGCUUAAGAUCUGCACGCCGUCACACUUUGCGGCACGUCUGCUGGCGCACAGAUCCUCAAUGGAAAGCACCUGGCACACGCUGGCCAUGCAGCAGCAAUAUGAAGACUUGCAGCAGGAGCUAAGCAACUACUAUGCCAUGCCAGAGCAUCGUGUGGUACCCACAAUUGAACAGUUGCAACAGAUUUGCGUGCGUCAAAUGGAUAGCAAUAGUUACGAGCGUGUUUGCGCCACCUUUGUGCCAGCUGCUGUUACUCCUACUGCUGCCAAUGAUUUGACUGUGCGCAUCAAGCAUUUGGACUUGAGUACGGUCAUCUAUCAUGCAAAGCUGUCAGAGCUGCUUGUCUGCCCACAGGCGUGGCAGCAAAUCAAGCCAAUGGCUCUAGAUGUGCGUCUAAUUGGCUGGCUGCCCUACAAUGGCGAAGAGAUUUGGCAGAGCAGCGACAUAGCAGCAAUUGCUGAGCUACUGCAGCACAAUGGCAGCUAUGAAUGUAGCGUCGUCGCUGCUUUAGCACAAACAAUCUUUGUGGACGAGCUGCAAGUGGAGACAGCUUCUUAUACGGAGCAGCUGCACCGGCAAAAACUGGGCAGAUUCGAUGCUAAGGCAAAGCAACGCUUAGAACAGUUAGUGAAUGCUAUUGAUAAAUGAAUUUAAUUAUAAAAAAAUGUAAAUAUAAUAAUAUAAAUAUAAAAUAUAAAAGG